AUGAAAUCCCUUAGCCUGCUUUUAGUUGCGUUCUUCAGUCUCUUGGCUGUCUGCAACGCUUCAUGUGGUCCUGCUGCUCCAGUCGCUGCGUAUUCUCCUGUUACAUUUCCCGCUCCUCCCUGCCCGAAAAAUUACAUCUUCAGCUGCCAGCCUCAACUACGGCCACUUCCCUGUGCUCAUCCACCUGCUGCUGCUGCUGGUGAUUAUGGCAGUGCUGGUUCUUACACAGGUCAAUUGCCAGUUUACGCCCUGCCACCCUACAAUUACGGAGUUAAGCCCUACCAAACUGAGAAAUAG